AAAAAGAGUGCCACAAAAACAAAGAUAGCCAAAAAGAGUGGGAGGCUAUAAACAGUUGUCUAAUCUUAGAUCGUUUGAUAAAAGUUUGUUAACCUAAACGGUGACCGGGGUGCCUACAAGGCCGCGGAUUUACCUCAAGGAGAGAAUAGGAAUGGACGGAGGUGGAGGAGGUGGCAAUGAAAGCGGUAGAUUUAUCCGUCCUCUCCGUCCUGAGCAGCGCCAGUUCGGACGAGAGGAUGGCAGUGAUCAGUGUGAUGAUAAUUCUGACCAUGAUCAGUGUCGGAGAGAGAAAGACUACAAGCGCCGCAAUAACCGAAACAAAAAUGGUCAUGACCUUUACCGAAUUCGAAGCACAACCGACGAAAGCAGCACGUUACUGGACUGCAAGUCCGUCUUUAAGCUGGUUACAAAUCUCCUAUGCCUAUACCUACUUGCAGCCAGCCUCGUGACCAUCAGCCACAGACCAGAAAUGGAAUCACCAGUGGAACAAAUCUUCCACAUAAAAGCAGAGAAGGUGAACGGGAAAGUUGUGUCUCAUCAGAGGAGGACCUGGAUGAGGGUCAGUUUGGUGGCAACAAUAUACAGGCUGGCAGUGAUGCCCUCAACAUCAUCAUUAUCUUUGGCGUGACCAAGGGAAUCACCAAGUUUGAAAUCACGAGCGCAUUGUUAAGGGCUGAAUACACGUCAUACGGAACAGCGUCAAAGACUCGAUGAAUAUGCACAUGGAAAUUAAUCAAAUAAAUCCGUCACGCGGUAUAGCAUUUAUCGAAUUUACCACCGUUGAGGAAGCGAAACAAUGGAUGGAGUUAACACAGUUAUCAGCGCCAUAAGCAAGACAGUUUUGAAACCCAACCAGCAGUCGGCAGUGAUCAUGAAAUGUGUGUUACCGGCUUAGUUAUCUCACAGUAUAACAUCAUAAGAUUAUUGAUUGAAAAGAAGGUCUGAAGAGAAGUACCUCCAAGGUCUAAGACAUGACACAUGACAGGUCUUGACACGCUCGUUGCCUCGAUGGAGUUGCACAAUGCCUGUACAUCGCUGGAUCCACCUCUGACCCUAGAUGAACGUGCUGUAUCUAUCAGCUACAACAUCGAAACUGACAUCAGCGAAAAAAUAAUCGAGACGUCGCACCUUAUAACCUCUACUAUGUCCCCUGACAUCGGAGGCAUUCAGUGUGGAGGUAACCCGGGUGAGACUGCGUACUACGUUCAGUACUACACGGACUACUUCACGGCGACGAUAGCCAAGAUCAAAAACAGUGGAGACACCAAGUUAACUGAAGCGAACUCUGAAGCGGUAGCCCUCUCGGCUAUCCAACGUAAGCAGGAGAAAAAUAAAUUUAUUGAGUCGACGACUAGAGCUGCUGCCCAAUGCUCAAAAUGUGAGUAGUAGUUCCGCUCCUCUUGGUAGUCGUCGUCGAUCAGGUCGCAGUAGAGAUCCUUGUCCUGACUGCCGCCGGAAUGUCUAUUGUAAUGCGAGGAACGCUCACGACUCCGCGGACGAAAUUUAAAAUAAAUGCAUGAAUAUCUGUAAUAUAAAA